AUGAUUCUGGAUUGGGGGAACGUCAACGGGACAUCUGACCUUGGAUCUUCCAUGGAGCUUGUCAAAUCGUUUUAUCGAGAAAUAGACGAGCUUGUUGACUGCUACAAUUGCCGUGAAGCAUACAAAAAGCUCCAAGUCAUAGGUGAGUCGAUAGCCGAUAAAGCUGAAUGGCACCGAAAAUGUGCUGAAGUCUGCUAUGCGAUCAGUAACAUGGAAGAGAAAGACCAAGAGCGAAUCGAAUGGCUCAGAAAAGGACGAAAGCACGCGUUGGACGCCCAUGAACUCAAUCCUACAAGCAUUGCAAUUUUGAAAAUUCUUUGUUCCACCACUGGAAGGUUGGCCGAGGAGAGCGGUGUACGAGACAAGAUUAACCUCGGCUUUUGA